ACCCGGAAGAGGAGGCAGGUUGUGCUGCCGGCGCCAAGAAAGGCUCAUCACUUGCGGGCUCAGGCCUGACUAGUUCCUGAGCCCAUCUUGACCGAGUCAAAGCAGAUGAGGAGCCGAAUCUGAUGCAUUGUGAGGACCAUCACCUAGACGCCGCGGGAUUAAGAGGAGCGAGGGUGAUCGGCCCAAACCGAUCUCAGGGCUAUGGCCGGCCUUUCUAACCAGACCCUCGCGUCCUUUACUGAUGAGGUACGGCGUUCCAGUUCAUUCAACUCCUCUGGAGGACUGCAGCCCUGGCCCCAGGACUCUGAGAUCAAGCCUGAGAAUGGAAAGCCGACUACAUGCUUGGAAUAUCAAGACAAAAAAUCUGAGGUACCAGAAAAGGAGUUUAGUUGGAAAAGGAUCAGCUACCUCAAGGGCAAAAAAACGAACUCUGGACGGUACCAACCAGACGCUAAACUUCAAACAGAAAUCACAUCGGCAUCCGAUGAAGAAUUGAAUGCCCUGCAGUCUUUUUGCACCAUUAAGAUAAACCUGAUCCAUCACAGAGCAAACUCUAAGGAGAAAAAGAGCAGCAGGCACAAGAAACUGCAGCUUAGAUUGGAUGCAGAGGCUUCAGAGGUAGAUGCCUUCAACUGUACUGUCCCUGAUGAGCUUUUGAACAGAAUCUAUUUUAAAAACAUGAGGACAACAUUAAAGCAGGUGGCAACAGCUAAGCAACACAUUUCUUCUCGGUGUCCUGAUUGUAACAGGAAAAGAGCAGAACUGGCUCAAUCUACCUUCCUAAAACAAAAGAAGACUUUACUAGAGUCACUUCUACUCCAAGAGAAAAUAGAUGAGCAUCUUUAUACAAAAGACUUCCUUACCCUUAUUGCGGAAGCACAUCAGGGCCUUCCCAGGCUUUCAGAUGACCCCAGCAUGAUCUGGAAAAGACUGAAUGAGAAAAGUCAGAUCAGAUCCUCUGGUUUUGAAAGUCUGGAUACAAAGCAGAAGAUGUAGAAGAAUGGAAACAAUGCUUGUCAUUCACCUUUGGCUCUACCACUUCUCAAACGACUUCAUCUAACCAAAACCACUUAUUCUAACCAAACGGAUGUUUAUUAAUGAUAAUAUGUAAUGUAGAUAGAUGUUUCUUUUGUGUAUUUGAAUAAUUAUCCUCAGUUCUACAGGCACUUUGGAAAGUAAAAACUUAACUGUGCUUCCUUCACAGAUUUGAGGACUAAAAACUUUCUAUCCAAUACAUUUUUGAGAUUAUAGGAGAAAAUAUUGUAUUUGGAAUAGUUACAAAGUUUUUAUAACAGCCCAGGAGAGAGAUCCUGGUAGUUUGGACUAGAGUUUUGAUAGUAGAGUUAGGAAGAAGUACAGCGAUGUAAGAGAUACUUGAGGUAAUAAUUGGCAGUCUUGAUGAAGAAAAGGAUAUGGGGAUUUAAUAAAAGGUAAAUGUUAAGAAUGUUACUGUUUCUGAUUUGUACACUUGAAUAAUUUCAUUAAGAAAUUAUAUAUAGAAACAUUGGAAGAGGAUCAUUUUUGAUGGGAGUGAUUAAGAGUGUGAUUAUUUUGACAUGGUUAAUUUGAGGUAAAUUAGAGACAUCCACAUUGAGAAGUUGAGAAACAUUUGGUUAUUUGUGCUUGCAGUCUGGAGAAAAGGUCUAGCCUAGAGAUUUGAAAUAAUGGGGUUUGCAGGGUGGCAGACCUUUGGCAUAUAGUUGGAAAUUGAAGUCAUAGAUGUGAUGAUAUCUUCUGGAAGAGGGCAAGGUGAGAAGAGGAAAGGGCUAUGACCAACUUCUGAGAAAAUCACCAAUUAAUAGCUGGGUAGAAGCCAGCAAAGGAGGUUGAGAAGAAAUUGUCAUAAAAUGAUAAAGGAAACCAGGAAUGUGUAGUGUCAUAGAGAAGAAAGAAAGAGAAUAUUUCAAGAAGGAUGGGUUGUCUAAGCAUGCAAAUGUAACAGAGCGUUCAAGUGAGAUGAUGUAGUCAUGUGUUGGGCUUUUUUUUACUUUAGUUAGCAACAACCCCUUCACUUAUAGAAAUUGAGCAUACAGACAAAGUGGAUUGAAGAGUAAAUAUAACAUACGGAAAUGAAGAAUAUGCAUGUAGACUACUUCUUGAAGUUUAGCUGUGGAGGGAAAGAGAGGGUAUGUACAAUCAAGGAAAGAAUGCUUGAAUAAAUUAUCCGGAAGUCAUUUUGAUCAUAAAGAUUUUAUGAAACUUCUCUGUUCAUCCUAAUUUCCAUUCUGAUGAAACAAUAUUAUGUCCUGAAGAGUACCAUAGUAAUUUGUAAAUAUAUUUAUUGGUAAAAAUGUUAGAUAGCAUCCUGAAAAAUCAUUAAUUUUUUUAUAAAAAUAUAAAUCCUAGAAUUAGUGACAGUACCAGGAGGUCAUUUUUCUACAUGUCUAACACCUAAACUAUUGUAGGCAAAAUGAAAUUUGUUUGUAAAACUCAGCACAAAACAGCUUUUGUAACAUUCCAGUAUUCUUUUAUUUUAGACCGUCAUUUAUGUAUAAAGAUACUUUUUUCCUAUAAAAUUUAGCAUAUUUCCUCUUAGUCAUUCCUAAAUAAAAUAGAAACGAAAUCAUUACCAUUUUCAUAAUAACUUUUUAUUUGAAAUCCACAUUAUGUCAUGCUUUAUCUUUGGCAUCUCAAUAUAUUCACAUUUCACAUAAUCGAGAUUCUGAAUAAUUUCCCGUUUAGAAUUCCCCAAUUAAAGGUCAUAGUCCACCCCAUUAGUCAACUAAGCUAGAAAUCAUAGUCAUCUUUUGUUCCUCCUUUUUUUUUAACUCAACCCCCAAGCUAACUACUUUUCAGUAAGACCAUUGCAUCUUUCUUCUUCAAUAUCUUCUGACUAUGACUUAUUUCCAUCUCAUUACCACUUCUUUCUUCAUCUCAGCCCUCCCACCACUAGUUUCUCUUUUCAGUGCGUUCUCCAUAUAGUGUCAGAAUUAUUUUUCUAACACACAAAUCUGUUCAAGUACUUCCCUUGAUUUAAAAAAACAAACAAA